AGCUGUUAGACAUAGCAACAGGGAUAUUCUGGCAGUGUGUCUGGCUAGCAUUAGUGCUGAAUACGGUUGUGAUCACUAAAAUGGCUGUGACUUUUGGACUCUCUUUGAGUGUUUCUUGGUUUUGUUGCCUGCUAAUUGGAGGGAUAAAGUGUUUUCCACUGCAAGGUGAUGCAUGCACUGGAUCCCAAGCAAGUGUGGUGUCUGUUCCAAAUGCUAAAGCUACUGGCUACAAUACCCUGGCAAGUGUGACGCAGGGUCCAAAUGCUGAAGCAACUGCCAACCAUGUCUCAGCAGAAGCGGCUGGCCCCCACGCCUCUGCUGAAGCAACUGCCAACCAUACCUCUGCAGAAGCGGCCGCCGGCCCCCGAGCCUCUGCGGAAGCGGCCCGCGCCUCAGCUGAAGCAACUGCGAACCAUGCCUCAGCAGAAGCGGCUGGCCCCCGCGCCUCAGCUGGAGCAACUUCCAACCAAGAAGCAGCCCGCGCCUCAGCUGAAGCAACUGCCAACCAUACCUCAGCAGAAGCGGCUGGCCCCCGCGCCUCAGCUGAAGCAACUGCCAGCCAUACCUCUGCAGAAGCGGCUGGCCCACGCGCCUCAGCUGAAGCAACUGCCAAACAUACCUCUGCAGAAGCGACCAUUGGCGCCUCAGCUGAAGCAACCGCCAAACAUACCUCUGCAGUAGCGGCCCCUGCGCCUCAGCUGAAGCAACUGCCAAACAUACCUCUGAAGAAGCAGCCGGCCUUGAACAGACCCCUCAACAAGCUAGAUAGGGAGAUCAUAAUUUGGUUUGCCCAACUCCUUAAUCGUCUUUCUCCUGUUACUGUGCCUCCAUUUGAAGAAAAGGGCAAAGGUAAUUGAGGUGAGGAAUUAUGCAAAGUAAUGCGCUUGUUUGAAAUGAGGAACUCCUUCACCAUACGACUAAAAUGUACAUCUGAUUUGGCCACUAUUGCUGACACUUAGGUUGUACGGUUAUGGCCUGGUGUUCCUGCUACUCUUACAUGACUUGUUCAAUAAACUAUUUGACUUCCAAAAUGCA